GUCAGUCACAUUCUCGGAAUGAACUCGAUUCAAAUCAGAAAUGGAAACCGAAUUGCGAUAUUUUUUCCCUCUUUUUUACUACUCGUCUUCUUUUUCUGCUUGAAACGAGUCCACAGCAAGUGGUUUUUGAAAAAAAAUUUCCCCAUAUAGAUUUUAACGCCGAAAGAGAAAAAACAUAUUGCGGAAAGAGAGUGGAUAUCCUAAAAGCAUACCGCGAGAAACUGCGAGUUGCUCUGAGGUUGUUCAUUCUGAGGCUGUAGUUCCGAUUCGAAAUUGAACGUGUAGCGCCGCUUCUGUCAAGCCUCUCCUUAAAAUUCAUAAGUAUCACUCAAUACUCUAGAAUGAGACCGAUGUAGAUAAGUGCUUUUCGCGAUGAAGAUAGUAGUAUUCAUAAUUAUCAUUGUCGUGGCCCUUUCAAAAGCAUCAAGAAGUGGUUCUGGCAGAUACAAGAUGAGGUGGGGUAAUACUGACGAAGAACGGGAACAGAAAGUAAAGGAGGUGAUCAAAAACGACCUGUGCUCUGACCCGGAACUAAACUCUUGGACAGCGGAUUUCAGCAAAGCCCAUAUGAAAAAAAAGUCCUCCAAGGCACAUACAGGAUGUAGGGAAGCAGCGGAGGCCCUGAACAGUCUUCCAGAACGGUACAAGGUGGACAAAUGCGAGACUGAUUGGAUCGGAUCAGCCAAAUGUCGUGCCAAGCCGGGAGAGGGCUACCAGUGCACCGUCAUCCCCUACAAAGAGGAGCUCCUCUUCUUCGAUUUCCUUUGCUACAAAAGACUGGAUAGACAAGCCAAGUAUCUGCUUCGGGAUUGCAUCAACCCGGACAUAUUGAAAGAAUGGGAAAACGAGGAUAAAACACUGCAGAGAACCACUUCUGAGUCUUCGGUUGAUACGCAAACUUCACGUAAGAAAAAACGGCGUUCAGGAAAACUCACAUUACAAGAGUUAAUAAAAAAUAGGUCAUCAUCCAAAGAGCCAAUCUCAGAUUAGAAUAGGGGCAUCUCAAGUCAAGGAGCACUUGUGCUGCCGUGGUAGGGAGGAAUGCCGUAUCAGCAUUCGAAUGCUGCCCAAUGGACCACUAGACAAAGUACGAAUUUUAGCAUUCUGAUUUAUGUUUCUUGACCAAAAUUUCACGUAGAACACGAUGCGCACAGGAAAA